CCACUCUCCUUGCACCGGCCCAGCCCAACCUAGCCCGCCGUGCGUCAGUAUCGCUUUGACUACGAUACUCUACCAAUCAGCCGAUCAAGAUGCCACGACCCGACGGCUACCUCCCUUACUUCCUGAUCUACACCUCCCUCUCAGCCUACCUCCACAGCCUCUUCUGCUAUCUCGGCUCCCACUCGGCCGCCCUGCGCCACUUCUCCGGCCCGCAACGACCGCCUCCCACGCAGCUCUUGGCGCACGUAUACGCCGUGAAGAACAUCUACACAGCCUCCAUUCGCGCAUACGCCGCUUGGGAUAUCACGAACCAGGCGGUGUACGAUCUCGCGAUCCUGUCGUAUGUGGGCGUGCUGUGGCUCUUUGCGAGCGAGUUGCUGCUCUAUAGGACGGUGAGGUGGAGGGAGGCGGGCUUUCCGUUUCUGAAUGCGGGCGUGGGGCUGAUUUGGAUGGUGGUGAUGAGGGGGUGGUAUUUGGGUGGGUAG